UCCAGACUGCUGCGUUGGACAUGUUGUUAGAUAAGUCAUGAUCCCCAUCACUGAGCUGCGUUACUUUGUGGACACACAGCCAGCGUACCGCAUCCUAAAGCCAUGGUGGGACGUGUUCACCGACUACAUCUCCAUUGUUAUGUUAAUGAUUUCAGUGUUUGGUGGGACCCUUCAGAUCACCCAGGACAAGAUGAUCUGCCUGCCCUGCAAAUGGGUCGUCAAUGAGACCUGCAAGAAGAACUUCAGUGCCAGCUCAUCCACGUCGUUGCUGUUGGAGCCUAAAGGGAUCCAGUAUGAUCUCGAUCGCCACCAGUACAACUAUGUUGACGCAGUGUGCUAUGAAAAUAGAUUGCACUGGUUCGCCAAGUAUUUCCCCUACCUAGUAUUACUUCAUACCCUUAUUUUUUUAGCUUGCAGCAACUUUUGGUUUAAAUUUCCUCGAACUAGUUCCAAACUGGAGCACUUUGUGUCGAUCCUGCUCAAAUGCUUUGACUCUCCGUGGACGAACCGAGCUCUGUCCGAGACGGUAGUUGAAGAAAGCGACCCCAAACCAAUGAAGACGAACGGCUCAGUGGACCAUCACAAGGCAUCUGUAAUAAGCGAGGACGUUGAAGCAAGUGUUCCCAUGCUUCAAAGGACGAAGAUGCGCUUUGAGCAGGGCAUUGUAGAUAGAACGGAAACGGGUGUUUUGGACAAGAAAGAAGGCGAACAGGCAAAGGCGCUGUUUGAAAAAGUGAAGAAGUUUCGUAUCCAUGUUGAAGAAGGAGACAUUGUUUACAGACUAUACAUCCGUCAGACAAUUAUCAAAGUAAUCAAAUUUGUUUUCAUAAUCUGCUACACGGGGUAUUACGUGCAGAAUAUUAAAUUCAACGUGGACUGUUCUGUUAAUAUAGAAAGCUUGACCGGUUACAGCGUGUACCGCUGUGCUCAUCCUCUUGCUACCCUUUUUAAAAUCUUAGCCUGUUUCUACAUUAGUUUAGUUGUGGUCUAUGGUUUGAUCUCCAUGUACACACUUUGCUGGAUGCUGCGGCGCUCCCUGAAGAAGUACUCCUUUGAAUCCAUCCGAGAAGAGAGCAGCUACAGUGACAUACCGGAUGUGAAGAAUGACUUUGCGUUUAUGUUGCACAUGAUCGAUCAGUAUGACCCUCUGUACUCCAAACGCUUUGCUGUGUUCCUGUCAGAAGUUAGUGAAAACAAGCUGCGGCAGUUCAACCUCAACAACGAGUGGACGCUUGAUAAGCUCAGGCAACGGAUCACCAAGAACUCCCAGGAGAAGUUGGAGUUGCAUCUUUUCAUGCUGAGUGGCAUUCCAGAUACAGUGUUCGAUCUGACCGAGUUGGAGGUCCUCAAACUGGAGCUCAUCCCAGAUGUUACCAUCCCGCCAAUCAUCGCCCAGCUGGUCACCCUGCGAGAGAUGUGGCUUUAUCACACCCCAGCCAAAAUUGAAGCUCCAGCCUUGGCGUUUUUACGUGAGAACUUGAAGUCUCUGCACAUAAAGUUCACUGACAUUAAGGAAAUUCCUUUAUGGAUUUACAGUUUGAAGAAUCUUAGUGAACUUCAUCUGACGGGGAACCUCAGUGCUGAAAACAACCGUUACAUUGUCAUCGAUGGGCUCAGAGAGCUCAAGAGGCUCCAAGUUCUUCGUCUGAAAAGUAAUCUCACCAAACUACCUCAAGUUGUGACUGAUGUAGGCAUGCACCUCCAGAAGCUUUCCAUCAAUAACGAAGGCACCAAGCUGAUGGUGCUCAACAGCCUGAAGAAAAUGGUGAACCUCACAGAACUGGAGCUUAUUCGCUGCGAUCUGGAACGCAUACCGCACUCGAUCUUCAGUUUGCACAACCUGCAGGAGAUCGAUCUGAAGGACAACAAUCUGAAGACCAUCGAGGAGAUCAUCAGCUUCCAGCACCUUCAUCGGCUCAUCUGCCUGAAGCUCUGGUACAACCAGAUUGCCUACAUUCCUAUUCAGAUUGGCACUCUGAUCAACCUGGAAAAGCUGUAUCUAAACAGGAACAAGAUCGAGAAGAUACCGAGCCAGCUGUUUUAUUGUCGCAAGAUGCGUGUUUUGGACUUGAGCCACAAUAAUUUAACGUCCAUACCAACAGACAUCGGCUUCCUGCAGAAUUUACAAUACCUGGCAGUGACAGCCAACAGGAUCGAGACCUUGCCAAAUGAGCUGUUCCAGUGCAAGAAGCUCCGCACUCUGAACUUGGGCAACAACUGCCUUCAGUCUCUGCCUUCACGUUUUGGAGAGCUGACUUGUCUGGCACAGCUGGAGCUAAGAGGAAACCGUCUGGAGUGUCUGCCUGUGGAGCUGGGAGAGUGCAGACAGCUAAAGAGGUCUGGUCUUGUGGUGGAAGAGGAGCUGUUCAACACCCUGCCCACUGAGGCGAAGGAACACUUGUGGAAAGCCGACAAAGAACAAACUUGAACAGGUCUGUGAUUGAAGAAAAGUGUUACUGAACCAUUUGUUCUGGAGACAGGAAGGAAAGCCCAGGUCAUCCCUGAGACACGCACAAGUCAGACGUAAGAAGGUCCAUGCUACUAUUGACUGCCAGUAAGGUUGGGUAUCAAAAACUAGUGCCAGCUCGAUAGAACCAAAGUGCUGACUGGUUUAUUUUGACCAUUUUUGAAAAGAAAAAAAAAAUCUUAACAGACCAGUGCCAUUGUGAUCAAAACCGUUUCUUUACAUUUAAGCUUGUUUUUUUGUUGUGU